AUGAAUUCAGUCACUAAUGGUGGGAUUACAAAGCAACUGGUGAACUAUGUUUGGAGCUGUUUAGAUGAUCUUGCUGUUGAUUACAUUCAGAACAACAAUGAGAGAAGACCUGGGAGACCACUAGAAAGAGUUACUGAUGACUCUUCAUCUUCACAAGUAAUAGCUAUGCUUCAGACUCUGAGUAAAAGAUUUGAUCGUCUAGAAGCACAUGUUGAUCGAAACAAUAGUAGGCCAAUGGGAGCUCAUGCCAUAUAUGCUCAGUGUGAUUAUUGUGGAGAGGCACAUGCGACUGACCAGUGCCAUCUAUCUCAACAAAUUGAGACAGUUAAUUAUGCUAGGAAUUAUCGUGCUUCAUCUUUUAGUGCAAAGCCAAUCAUUCCUCCAAGUUUUCCUCAAGUUAAAAAGUGGUAUAUUCCUAUUCAAGAGCUAAAAGUUGACUUAGAAGAUAUGAUGGCUAAGUUGAUGAGUUCUCAGAUUAAGAGCAAUCAAGAACAAGCAGCUAUUAAUACAAGAGUUGAUUCAUCCCUUAAGAAUCUUGAGGUUCAAAUGGGGCAAAUUGCAACUGCUGUGACUGCACUUCAUAAAGGAGGAUUACCAAGCAAUACAGAGACUAAUCCUCAUAGAAAAGGAAAUGAGGAGUGUAAGGCAAUUACCUUAAGGAGUGGAAAGCAAUUAUCUGAAAUUUCCUCUCCUACACCUAAGUCUACACCUAAGCCAAAAGUUGAUCAAACUAAGCAAGAGGUAUCUUCUAUGCCUCCUAAAGAUAAAAUUGUGAUUGUUGAAGAUGACAUUAAGAAGGAUUCUUCAAAAGUGGUAGUGAAAACAUCUAAGAAAGAGGAAUUGACUAGUGAUCAUCUUACUUGGGUACCACCCUUACCAUUCCCUCAAAGAUUUCAAAGGAAGGCAUUAGAGGAGCAAUACAGGAAAUUCUUGGGAAUUUUCAAGUUGCACAUCAACAUUCCUCUCAUUAAAGCUUUAGAACAAAUGCCUCAAUAUGCUAAAUUCUUAAAAGAGAUGUUGAGUAAGAAGCGAAGAUUGGGUGAGUGUGAAAUGGUUGCGCUUACUGAAGAGUGUAGUGCUAUUCUCUUGAACAAGCUACCUCCUAAAUUCCAUGAUCAAGGUAGCUUCUCAAUUCCUUGUGUGAUUGGAGACAAAUUUCAAGGUGGGGCAUUAUGUGAUUUAGGCUCAAGUAUCAAUUUGAUGCCACUUUUUAUGUUUAGAAAAUUACAACUUGGUGAAGCUAGUCCCACUUUAGUGACUCUUCAAUUAGCCGAUAGAAGUUUGGCUUUUCCUAAAGGUAAAAUAGAGGAUGUUUUGGUUAAGGUUGAUAAAUUUAUUUUCCCUAUUGAUUUCAUUGUCUUAGAUUGUGAUGAAGAUAGAGAUCUCCUACUUAUUGUGGGUAGACCAUUUUUAGCUACAGCACGAUCUCUCAUUGAUGUUGGGAGAGGAGAGAUCAAACUUAGAGUGAAUGAUGAAGAAGUUAGCUUUAACAUGCACAAAGCAAUAAAGUAUCCAAGGGAAUAUGAAAUUUGUUCUAGAGUGGAUAUUCUAGACGAGGUAGUUUGA